ACCUUUUGCACAAAUGGCAAUAAUUUUGUUUCUACUUACACAUGUACUUCAAGCAAUAACUACCUCCAUAUUAGUUGGAAACAUAGGCUGGUAUUAGUAGGUUUGCUAUGCUGAAAGCUGCAAACUACCUCGAGUAUACUCAAUUUUAUCUCAUAAGAAAGGACUUUAAAUAAAAAUCUCAGGAACCUAUAUUUUGUUCUCGGUUCUUUGGUUAAGUUCUUUUGGGUGCAAAAAGGAUUACUCCAGGAGCACCAAAAAGGUAUGCCAGUUGCCGACUUUCAACCAGUGAGCAUCUUACGAGCAGCUAUUGUUACCCUCAGCAGAGAGCAUAGUAAUUUUGUUAAGAGGGUCACGAUCCUUGCAGGAUUGAGGAAGAUGCCAUUUAUAAUGGAGCCUGGUCGCUAUGAUUUUAAGAACAAGAUAUGUGGAAUAGACGAUGAGCCAAUGCGCCGUUUGGUUUGAUUAAAAAUAGAAGCUUUUGCUGUCAGUUGAAUUUAUUAAAUUUUAUUCCUAUUGUAUUGUGCUUAGUUUAUGGGUGGAAAAGCAGUAGGUGACUUGACAAUGAUAGAAUUGGCAUAUACUGUUUUAAUUGCAUUAUCAUCAUUCACUAAUGUUUCAUAAGCUAACCAAGACAGUGGAAGUUAACAAUUUCUGGUGUAAAGAAUCUCAAAUUCACAGUAUUUGGAGUUGCAUUCAGAGUCAUGCUGGCUUACUCAAUCUCUGUAUAGUGGUGCUUAUUGCCGUAAACAGCAGGCUGAUUAUUGAGAAUUUGAUGAAGUAUGGCUUGUUAAUUGGGUCAGGCUUCUGGAGUAGUUCAACAUCAGUAAGAGAUUGGCCACUUCUGAUGUGCUGUCUUAGUCUUCCGAUUUUCCCUCUUGCUGCUUUUCUUGUCGAGAAAAUGGCACAGAAGAAGUAUAUGACUGAACAUGUAGUUGUCACUCUUCACAUAAUUAUAACGACAGCUUCCAUUUUGUAUCCAGUUCUGGUCAUCCUCAGGUGUGAUUCUGCUUUUCUAUCGGGUGUCACACUGAUGAUGUUUGCUUGCAUUGUGUGGAUGAAACUAGUUUCUUAUGCACAUACAAAUUAUGAUAUGAGACAGCUUGCAAAGUCUGUGAAUGAGGGUGAGAAUUCCGAAAUCAACUACUCUUACAAUGUUAGUUUCGAGAGUUUGGCUUACUUCAUGGUUGCUCCAACUUUAUGCUAUCAGCUUAGCUAUCCUCGCUCUGCAUCCAUUCGGAAGGGUUGGCUGGCCCGCCAACUCAUCAAGCUGGUAAUUUUUACAGGAUUAAUGGGAUUUAUCAUUGAGCAGUAUAUUAACCCGAUUGUGCGAAGCUCACGACAUCCAUUUGAAGGAAACCUUUUAUACGCCAUCGAGAGGGUAUUGAAGCUUUCAGUUCCAAUUUUAUAUGUCUGGCUCUGCAUGUUCUACAGCCUCUUUCAUCUUUGGUUAAAUAUACUUGCGGAAGUUCUGCGAUUUGGGGAUCGUGAGUUCUAUAAAGAUUGGUGGAACGCAAAAACAAUUGAUGAGUAUUGGAGACUUUGGAAUAUGCCUGUACAUAAGUGGAUGGUUCGUCACAUCUAUUUCCCAUGCUUAAGAAAUGGCAUACCUAAGGGAGUUGCAAUGGUGAUCUCUUUCUUUAUAUCUGCUGUUUUCCAUGAGCUGUGUAUUGCUGUUCCUUGUCGGCUAUUCAAGUUUUGGGCAUUCCUUGGAAUCAUGUUUCAGAUUCCCUUGGUCAUACUAACGAACUUCCUGCAAAACAAGUUCAAAAACUCGAAUGUGGGCAACAUGACAUUCUGGUGCUUUUUCUGCAUUGUUGGUCAACCAAUGUGUGUGCUUCUGUAUUACCAUGAUGUGAUGAAUAGAAAUGGUAGCUCAAGUUAAAGCUUCAUCGUCGAUCAUUUUGUUGGACCGCGACUCACUAGUGAGUAUCGCAGUUUUGAACUAUCUGAUGCUUUACUUAUAUGCUUGAAAUGGAGAAAAUUCUUUUCUAAAAUUUGACACCAAGGAAUUGAACAGAAUUGUUGCUUUGUAUUAUAUCUUUCUUUUGAUAUUUAAGAAAUGUAUAUCAUUUUUUGUUGAGGUAAAAUGUAAUAAGCUCAAAUUAGUGAUAGUGUUCUAAUUUCGAAUUUUCCCUAUUUACUAUUUGA